AACAAUGCUGAACUUAAUUAAAUUAAAUUAAUCUAACUGAAAGAAAAUGUAUUUGCAGUGGAUGAUAUAAUAUAGUUAUUUCCAUAGAGCAGAUUAUAAUAAAUGGAUUCAUGUUGUGUUAUAUUGUCAAACUGAAUUCAAUCAUUCGUGACGUUCCUGUCAAAGAUAAAUAAAGUCUUAACUUUCUUCAUAUUAUAUUAGAAAGCAGUUAUUAUUCAUAUUUGACAUAUCUGAACAUUUCACUGUAAUUGUGUAUGAAUCUAAAAAUAUGGAGAGAAAAAGGUGAUGAAAUUAUUGAUCUACUGAUUUGUUUUUCUUUAGCGGCUGAACGUACCAGUGAAAGAACACGCUGGUAAAUCUGUUACACAUGUAUAAAAAAAUAUAUCACGGUGUGGUAAAUGAAUAUUUUAAUGUAAAACAUUCCUAUUUUUUACCAUAUUAUAAUACAUUAUGUUUUGCUGUGUUUUUUUCACAAAUAACUGAAUUUUCCUGCAGGGACCAACAAAGUGUUCCCUUCUCUUCUAGUUAAUUACGUCUUUAUUCACAUUAGACAUAUGAAAGCAUGAUGAGGAAUCUGGACUACAACACAUUCUGAUCUUUAAUUCAACUCAGUUUAAAAUGAACCUGUUCCUCCUCCUUGUGUGACUUAAGGAAUGUAGAUGGUUGUGGAACUGUAUUCAGAUGUGUGUGUUGACGGUUAGCAGAAGACAAGACCACUAUAGAGGAAUAAAACAGAGUCUGACCCUCCUGUCAGAUGGAUGGAGAUGUCUAAACAUGUACAUCUACAGAAAAGAUUAGAGAAAUCAUUUAGGUAAUUUUGGGAUACAAGACCUAAGGAGUGACAGCAACAGAUUUAGUCAUUUAUGGCAUCUGAGCAGGAGAUAGACCAACUUUGUUUCUAGUCGACUGGACAGAUGGACCCUCAACCCACCACAGUGACCAAUUAGAAGAAGGCAGGUACAGCCAAAGGGACUUUAAAAAGUCCCGCAUGAGGAGAGAAGGUGAGGUGGUAAUUGGUAGAUUUCCUAAGAUCGAAGGCUCGAUAGGAUUUCUGAUAGGGCAGAGGGUGAGGCAUUUUGGCAUUGCUUUGCCAUAGAUUUGAGAACACCAGAGGGCGGCCGCAUCUGGCUCGGACGCUGGCUUGAGAUCUGUUUCAAUAAAGAUUGCUCGAUAAUUCCACGCAGCCUUGCCUCUGCAGAAUUUGUUUAUCAUCAAACUAAACACCGACACCUUUGAGGAGGAGAGCCCAGAAUCUACACAUGUAUUGUAUACAUUGUGUAUUAAGGGUUAAUAUUAAUGAAAAAGGUGAAAUUAUAAAUGCAUUUUUUAAAAUAGGUCAUUGUGUUAAAUAUUUAUAAUAUCUGGUGGAUAAUGUUAACCCGGUCUAUGUGUUGAACUUUGUGCUGUAUUGAUGAGUAGUUUAGUGAUCAGAGUCCAUGUAGUUUCCAGGAUCACACUGAAUGCAGUGCAGUGCUGGAAGCUGCUGUUGACUGUGUCAAUGUGUGUCUGUGCUGCUUGUUGCUGCUGUCAAACUUCAGAUGAGCAGGUAGUGAAGCCCGUGGUGAGCGUGUACCCAGCAGCAUCCAGAGCCCACCUGGAGGGGAGGAGCUCCCUGCUGUGUGUGGCCUCAGCCAUGUUUCCUCCUCUGGUCCGCUUCUCCUGGAAAAGACAAAAGGAGGAUCAGGAGCAGUGGCUCCCUGCUGAGGGAGAGCAGCUGGAGCUCAGAGAGACGGGACGCACCGCCGCCAUCUUGCUGGUUGACGGGAACGCCACCUCCACGUAUAAAUACCGCUGCUCCGUCCAGCACGAGGGGGGCACAGUGGAGGCCCCAACAGAACAAGAGGUUCCAGCAGCUCCAGCAGCCUCCUGUCCUCCAGAGAGAGAGCCAGCAGACCUGCCAGCUCUGCAGCAAGCUGACUCUGCAGGUCAGACAACAAACAGCAGCAACACCACAACAUCCAGCGAAUCGCAGCCUGAAGCAGUGUCCUUCCAGUCUCAGUGCAGGGUGAAGCUGCUCUGUGUGCUCUACACAGUGCUGAUAGUGAAGAGUCUGGUGUACUGCUGUGGACUCUCUCUGCUGAGGAUCCUCUGAAACAAGGGACCGUCCACCAGCUGCUCACAUGCUGACUGACUGUUUCCUGCUCGCCUUUUCUCACCAUCAGAUCUCAUCAGUUCGUCUCAUUGAUCACUUUGAUCAGCAGUCACAAAUGUCAAUGUUCAUGUUUUGUGGUUGGGUGUAAAAUGAAUCUUUUGAUGCACAGGUUAGAUUCAGUCAUCCUACAUAUAUAAAUACAUAUAUACACAUAUAUAUCUGCAGUGACUGAGUAUAAAUUCUGUGGUAUAGUGUUAUUUUCAUCCUCUAGUUUAUUCCCACUUUGAAUUGUGACUUGUAUAAUAAUAGAACAUGAAGCUGAAUCAUUAGCUGUCUGCUAGAUAUUUGAUCGUUUUAGUAUUUUUCUCUUCUUGUCUUUCUUUUUAAUACAUUAUGCAGAGUGUGGCAGCUUUGUUCAAUUCUUUCACUGUAACAUUCUCAAUAAAGUGAAAAAUCACAGUGUGUGUUUUAGAAACA